GAAAUCAUCUGGUUCAUGCCUCUAGCUGAACACUUGAAGGCGCUGUUUGCCCCGGAAUUCUUGGACUUGGUUUGAGUCGUUAAUGGGCGUGUUUACUCCGUGUGUGUUGCUCAGUCCUCACAGCCAGACGGGACAUGGAGUAAAGUUUGGCACUAAACACGCUGUGUCUGAGCCACAGGACCGGUGAACCCAAGGGACAAACGUAAACGAUGGAGGAUUUCUGGGAUGGGGUCCUUUGGGCCAUAAAGAUUUGGCUCUACCUCAUUAUCAGCCUCAUCAUGAUCCCAGCCAUGUUUGGAUUUUCUCUGGGCAUCUCCGAGACCUAUAUGAACAUUCUGGUGCAGACCUUAGAGUGGGCCACUCUGAACAUACAGCAAGCAAAUGCAGAAGAAGAAAAAGUUAAUGCUUCUGCAUCUAAUGGACUCAUUCAAAGAGAAAACCGCUCUAUGGAGAAAGAGUUGGAGGAGCUCAGACGCAGUAGACCCAAACCGCCAGUAGGAGGCGACUUCACAUUUAGUGACUGUUUCUAUUUCACUAGAAGGGGAAUUGAGAGUAUUGUAGACGAUGAGGUAACCCAACGGUUCACCUCCGAGGAGCUUGUAUCUUGGAAUCUACUGACUCGCACCAACAAUGACUUCCAGUACAUCAGUCUGAAGAUGACACUGGUCUAUGGCCUUGGUAUCUUUGUGCGCUACUGCAUCCUUGCCCCACUUAGGAUCACACUGGUCUGCAUUGGCCUCACCUGGUUGGUAAUUGGAACAUCUGCAGUUGGAUUUCUUCCAAAUUGCAGGGUAAAGUUCUGGCUCAGUGAGAGGGUCCAUGUCAUGUGCUACAGGAUCUGUGCUCGAGGACUAUCUGCCACUAUUUGCUACUAUAACAGAGAAAAUAAACCCAAAAAAGGAGGAAUCUGUGUGGCCAAUCACACCAGUCCUAUAGACAUCGUAAUACUCUGCAACGACGGCUGUUAUGCUAUGGUGGGUCAGGUCCAUGGAGGUCUGAUGGGGAUUGUACAGAGAGCCAUGGUCAGGUCUUGCCCUCAUGUCUGGUUUGAGAGGUCGGAGAUGAAGGAUCGCCAUCUAGUGACCAAGAGGUUAAAGGACCAUGUGAAUGACAAGACAAAGCUUCCCAUAUUAAUAUUUCCUGAGGGAACCUGCAUUAACAACACGUCUGUCAUGAUGUUUAAAAAGGGAAGUUUUGAAAUUGGAGCAACAAUAUAUCCUGUAGCCAUCAAGUAUGACCCAAAGUUUGGAGAUGCUUUCUGGAACAGUUCCAAGUACAGCAUGGUGAGCUACCUGCUGCGAAUGAUGACGAGCUGGGCUCUUGUCUGUAACGUCUGGUACCUGCCAGCCAUGCACCAACAGGAGGGAGAGGAUGCCGUUAACUUUGCCAACAGAGUGAAAUCCGCCAUAGCUCACCAAGGAGGGCUGGUAGACCUACAGUGGGACGGAGGUCUGAAGAGAGCGAAGGUGAAGGAUAUGUUUAAGGAGCAGCAGCAGAAGAAGUACAGCAGCAUGGUGGUGGGAGAUGACAGCAGCAGCAACAGUGACUAGUCCUCUAAUUUGUUUGACAAGAACAUAUAACAGACAAAUUUACUCCUUGGUUUUCACAUUCUCGACAUGGUAGGGAAUGCCCAAAUGCAACUGAGUGGAAACGAAGCGAGUAACAAAAGUGCAAUAUUGAAAGCUGUUAAAGCUGAAAAAAAAGGAAAUACUCUGUUCUUGCAGCUGCUUAUCUGUUAUUGCAUUCCGUUUUUGGACUGAAAUGUAUGGUUAAAGAAAGCUGACUUACAACUUUAGUUUACAAGCAUAUUAGCUGAGUGAUUAUGUAAGAGCCUAAAAAUGUAUUGUUUAUUAGUUUUCAUUGAUAAUCAUGAGUAAAAUAAAGUCAUAUAGUGUGAUCUUUUAUGAUUUGAAGUGUCACAGAAACAGCGAAACGUUUCUGUGACACAUUACUGCACUUUUCAAGUAUUUGUUGCCUGAAAUGGAAAAUGAUCCUCCUGAUUAUUUGUUCAGAGUAAAGACAAAUUAGAGACAAAACAGAUGCCAAAGUGUUUCACCUGAAUUUACUGAGCAUCAGGGCGAGAAGUUACACUUUCACAGUAUAACGCACAGCAUGGAUGUUUCAGACAUUUUUUCUCUUGAUGAUUUUCCUGAAAUGUUGUCCUCACUGUUGUUUUUCUUAGUCAUUUCCUCUUUAACACCUGAAAGCAAAUUCAAGAAAUAUUUGUUGUUUUAUAUAAGGUCAUGAUGGGUGGUUAAAGCUUACAGGAACUUUGAAAGUUCUACAAACACCCUCAACGCCAAUCCCCAAAGUUGCAUCCUUUAUGUAACCAUCAACCAGAUUUUUAUGUGAUUUCUGACUGUCCCUUGUAGCAAAAAUGGUGGAGUUCAUUUAGUACAGGCACAGGCCUGGCUUUCAGAUGUAAAACAUAAAAAUUAAAUUGGACUGAGGUCAGGGAUUUGAGGAGGUCAUUCCUGAAGCCUAUUUUAUCUAUCACAAAUAGAGUUUUGCCUAUCGGUUGUGUCCAAAUUUCAGCUGUCUGUUGAUUUAAGAUACAAUUUCAGGAUUUGGAGUUAGUCCUCCUCCUUUAUUAUUAGACCCACUUUGUAGUAUGUACCGCAACCACUGGCAGCAAAGUUGUCCCACAGCAUUAUGCUACCACCACCAUGCUCAGUAAUCUGGUACAUUGUUUUUCAGAUCUAAAAGCCUCGCCUCGACAGCUCAUUUUUCUUAUCAUUGUUGACAGUUUAAAGUUUGCUUUGUCAGACCAUAAAACACUUCUUUAGCAAGCAUUUAGCUUGUUGUGUCGACAUGGACAGCUGAACAUUUCCAUUGAGCUUGAAGGGGUCCAAGGAAGGACCUCUGUCUUUGUCAGAUCCCUCUCAGUCCAUGUUGAUGUUAAUCUUGCUUUAGUUUGGACAGUGAUACUCGUCUUCCAGCAUCCACCAGUUUAUGAUCGGCUGAAGCCUUGAUAGUUCGUGGAUUGUUCCUGAAUAUCCUAAUACAUUUCAUCUCAUUUGAUGGCACCAGUCUGGGUCAGAUGGUUAAAACUUAGACAGAACUGUGUCUUCCAACAGGACAGUGAUCCAAAACAGACAUGAAAGCUGUUUUUAGAAUUAAAAAAAGCAGCUAAGGGAAUGAGCCCAACCUCAAACCUGGUAAGAAUUUAUGGACGAUCCUUUAGCUGAGUCUGUUCCAGGAAAACAACCAAUUUAAAUCGAAACUACCAAUUCUGCCAUGAAGAGUGUCCAAAUAUUCAGCCAGAAAUAGUAAGGUAGUUAGCAUGUGUUUAUAUUGACUCUACACGUACAGUAUAAUUUUUAUCCUAUGUUAAUUACAGGAAAUCCAGACUAAAUGUACACUUCUGCACUAAAUUCUUGUUUUUGAAAUGUAAUACAUUUGUUUUACUGUCAAACCAUGGGGUAAAAAGAGCGGUUCAAAUAAAUUGUUAAAAGCCCCAUAUUGCAUUGACGUGAAAUUCAAGUCGAUGUGUUCAUGGAAACCUUUCGGCAGAACUCUGUGCAAAUUGGAUUUAAAUGAAAGUGUCCUCACCAUCAUUCUUCAAAUCAGUCAGACUUUUGCCACCCUGCAUACUCUGUUAAAUUAAAAAGGAUACAAUUAACAGA